ACAAUAUGAAGAAGAAGUGGAGCGAAAGCAGCAAUAACAAACAAACAGCUAGCAGUAGCAAGCUAACGCAACUUGUCGAAACUAUCUAGGUUGUUGCUUUUCCCUUACGUAGGGUAUAUUAGUAGUUGAUAUAUUACUAACUGGGUAUUAAUUAAUGUACACGGGCCACAAAAAGAAGACGACACCUUAAUAUGACUCUUAUCUAAUAUCUGCUAACACUAGCCAGACGUCAGCUAACGUUAAGUUAAUCCUUCCCGUGUGUGGUGUUUUUCUAAUGGAUUUAUGUAAUUCUUGAGAAGAUAUUUUAAGCAAAUUGUCAAGGAUAACAGACUGCUCCGUGUGAGAAAUUCAAGUGAGGCGGCGUAUUUUUAUACAGCCGUCAAGGUGAUAUUCGUAAGACACUAAGUGCAACUGAAAGCAGCAAAGGAUGUUUCACUUUGGUUCGUGGUACAUGGGAACUCAGUUGAGUGUCCUCGUACUGGUUUUCUGCAGCUUACAGGUUCCCGCACCCACAGAUGCAUAUAUUUAUAUUCAUUAUAGAAAUAUGACCUCCAUGUUGUUUGAGGACCUUCCUGCUUUGUUUGGAUCGCCACUUCCAAAGGAUGGAUUAAUGGGCAUUUUGGUGAUGUCCCAUCCACUAAACGGCUGUGCAGCAAUGGACCCUCCUCCUCCAUUGCCACCGUCUUAUGAUGCCAACACCACAAAAUUUGUUGCUCUCAUCCGACGCUAUGAUUGCAAUUUUGACAUUAAGGUUUUGCAUGCGCAGCAAGCUGGAUACAGUGCUGCAAUCAUUCACAACAUGUAUUCGGACACUUUGCUUAAUAUGAACUACAGCAACAACACUAUUGCAGAGCAGAUUGAAAUCCCCUCUGUAUUCACCAGUUACCAUGCUUCAGAAGUGCUCAAAAUUUACAUAAAUCCAGAACAAGGAGUGUAUGUGAUCCUCAAGCCAGAGUUUGCUUUCCCUCUAUCAUACUACCUCAUUCCCUUCACUGGGGUCGUCGGCAUGAUUAUUCUUGUGAUGUGUGUGAUCUUUGUAAUACGAUGUGUGCAGUACAGAAAGAGAAUGAGGAAAAAUCGUCUUUCCAAGGAACAGCUGAAGCGGAUUCCAACACACAGGUUCAGUAAAGGCGAUGACUAUGAUGUUUGUGCUAUCUGUCUGGAUGAAUAUGAAGAAGGAGACAAGCUGAGAGUUUUACCUUGCUCACAUGCUUACCACUGCAAGUGUGUCGACCCAUGGCUCACACAGACCAAGAAAACGUGUCCUGUGUGCAAACAGCGUGUCACCCGGAACAACCCUGAGCACUCUGAGUCAGAUUCUGAGGAGGAAAACGGAGGGCGUGGAGAGGAAGAAGGAACAGGAGGUGAUGCAGACUCAGAGCGCACUCCACUGCUUCGGCCCUCCAAUCCUGGAUCUCCAUCAGGGAGCCCAGGGGCGUAUUCAGCCACCACUACCACUACUACUGCCCAGUGCCUCGCAUCCCCUGCACACUGCAACUCCCCCAUCCUGGGCUACGAAGGCUACUACUCCCCACAGGAGAACACAGACUCUGAAAGUGAUGAUGCAGGAGAGGACCACCACCGCAGUGAUGAUGACACUGCUCAGCUUAUUGGUAGGGAUCAAGUGGCGAUAUGAUGGCUCAAACUUAGCUGCAAUGAGAUUACAAGCUUCC